CCAGUCCCUUCCUCGGAAGUAGACGUAUCUGUCUAUUCCCCUUUUCUUUUUUAUAUUUUUGCAAUAACCCCUUUUCCCCAACAAUUAGCCCAAUGGACGCCAGGAUGGACGACUAAACCGAAGAACGGGUCCCCGAUUUCAGCCCGUAAUUCAACCUCGGAACUGAGUGGACCGGAUGAAAUCCAUCUGUGGUUUUCUCCGCUUCACAGGGGAGGUAGCUGUAUCCAGUGGGGAGGUAGGCUCAACCAGGGAAGGAAAGAAUGAAGUUCACCGAACCCUGGGGACGCCAGAGGCUGUCUUUUCUUCUGGAAAAGGCAGCCUCUAGGGAAGCCAAGAUGUGGAAGGUCUACGUGCCAAAGAAGCCCUCCCCACAGGAUACAGACAUCUCCCCUGCACAGCGGGAUGAGGCCGUGCGCUGGUUGACGGAGCUCCACAGCAAACUGAAGAUGUACCCAGAGACCCUGGUGUUAGCGGUUAGCAUUCUGGACCGCUUCCUGGCUCCCAUCAAAGCCCGUCCAAAGUACCUGCGCUGCAUCGCCAUUGCCUGCUUCUUCCUGGCUGCCAAGACCUGUGAGGAGGACGAGUGUGUGCCCUCUCUGAGGGAGCUGGCUGCCUCCAGCAGCUGUGGCUGUUCUCCAUCAGAGAUCCUGAGGAUGGAGCGGAUCAUCCUGGACAAACUGAACUGGGAUCUGCACACCGCCACACCGCUGGACUUCCUGCACAUCUUCCAUGCGAUGGUCUUGUCGUGUCGUUCUGGGUUUUUGGACUCCAUGUUGGGACUGAACCGUUCUCAGCACCUCGCCCUGCUCACACAGCGACUCUACCACUGUCUGGCCGACCACACGCUCAUAAAGCUCAGAGGAUCCAUGCUGGCCUUGGCCCUCAUCACCCUAGAGCUGGAGACCUGUUGUCCUGACUGGCUGGCUCUCACCAUAGACCUGCUAAAAAAGGCACAGAUCGACAGCUCUGAGUUGAUUCGGAGUCGAGAGCUCGUGGCUCGUAGUCUGUCCACACCGAGAGCUUCCCUGCCUCCAAACACUGUCUACAUCUACCAACCCCUGCAGAGCCAAACCACCCCGCAGCCUCCGGACCAGGACCCCCCACCCCCCUGCUACACACUGGGGACCACCACCACCGAGUCUUCCAGGGACCACACCCAUGUCACCGCCCCUGUUUCCCAACCACACACACCUGCUGGUAGGGAGCAGGGGAGCCAGCAGCCCUGGAGCUCCGCCUUCUCCUCGUCCUCCACGAACAGCAGUAUCCCAGCUCUACUGUCUCCACCCAAACAGCUCCGUCAUCUUAACCAGCUGCAGAGGGUCACGCUGCGCUGCAAGGCCUCGGCCAAGCGCAAGGUGGAGGAGAUGGAGGUGGACGACUUCUACGACGGCAUCAAGCGCCUCUACAACGAAGACGUCACCACCACCACCACCACCUCUGCCAUCCAGGAGGGGUCAACACCUGCAACUGGGGCGAUGACAACAGGAGGAGGAGGAGGCGGCCUGGGUGUCUGCAGUGUCCUGUUGCCCCGACAGGAAGGCAGUUCCUCCCCCUGCCCGCCUCUGCAGCCAGUCAGUGCCUCCUAGAGACCAAACCUGUCUACCAAAACCACCUUAACACCGACAUCAUGUUUCACUUUCACUUUAAGCUGAUCAACAGGGUUUUUAUCAAAUAGUGACGU